AUGCUUCUUAAGAUUUUGCCAGAAAGUACAUUGAACGAUCUACAGUAUCGACAAGAUUCAGUUUCAUUCACUGUUCACUCUAUUUCUGUUGGUGGAAUUCAGAUCAUCAUCAAUUCAGAAAUGGAUGUCCAACAGAAAUUCAGGUUCUACGCGACAUUGUACAAAGGAUUCGAUGAAUUGAUGAAACAGUUCUCGACAUUGAACAAACUCAAAACAUUCGCUGGUCAAUACAUAUACACAGGCGGUAUGUUCAUGUCUAUCAACAAAUCAGAAAAACUCGCAGAAGAAAAUGUUAAAUUUGUUGUUGAAUUGUUGAAAGCAUUGCCAUCAUUGCAGGUGUUUUAUCUCCAGAUUUCCCAAGUUUCCAUAUACUAUGUUAAUUAUGGGAUAUAA